AUGGCAGAGGACGCGGACAUGCCAGGCUGGAUGAAGCAGGCGGGGAUCGCAGACCCCAAGUGGGCGCUACCCAAAGGCAAGCGUGGCGCAGAGGACGAGGCGGGCAGCGUGCAGAAGUUACAGAAGGCCGAGGACAUCGUGGAAGAGGCCAAGGGCAAGGCGGGCAAAGGCGCCAACAGGGCGCAGGUCGUGGCGGCGCUCGUCGCCAUCCUCGGCAAGCUCGUGCUCAGCAUGGCGGGCGACCUCAGGGCGGUCAUCAGCGUGGUCUUCGUGACGGCCCUGGUGCCGACGACGUUCCCGUGCAUCGAGGCGGCGAUCAAGGCGGGCAAGGACUACCACACGGCGGCGAUGAAGCUGCGCGAGGAGAGCAAGGAGGACGACAAAGUCGACACGGCGAAGCUGGGCAGUCCGCAUCUGCACGUAUGGAAGGACUUCAUUCGCGCCCUCCUCGCGAGUACAGAGGAAGGAAAACCUCGCGAUAUUCUGACGUACUACUGGCGCAACCACAUCAUGAGGUACGAGCUCGUGGACGCAGCAGCGGAGGUCAAGUACUUCAGGGUGAGGACCCCGCAGGGCAAGGAGAAGAAGAAGAGCAAGCGCAUGGAGGGCAAGGUGCGAUUGCAGUGGGCGCUGACGAUGACCAACAAGACGGCUGCGGAGCUGGACGAGGUGCUGCGCGCGGAGCUCAUUCGUCAAGGGGCGGAGAUCACGAUCGGAGCAGCGCCACGCGGAGUCUUGGAGAGGGACGCCAGAGCGCUCUCAAGCUCGAAGGAGGCUCCAACCAGCUGA